AUGGAAACAUGCCCUUCAGUUAAGAACAUUCUUCUCUUAGAUUCAGAAGGCAAACGUGUGGCUGUUAAGUACUGUUCAGAUGACUGGCCAACAAAUGCUGCGAAGGAUGCUUUUGAAAAAUCAGUAUUUAACAAGACUCAGAAGACAAAUGCCCGGUCAGAAGCUGAGAUAACAAUGUUUGACAAUUACAUUGUUAUCUACAAAUUUGUUCAAGAUCUCCACUUCUUUGUCACUGGGGGAGAAGAUGAAAAUGAGCUAAUCUUAGCAACUGUCCUUCACGGGUUCUUUGAUGCUGUUGGCCUUCUGCUUAGAGGCACCGUGGAUAAGAAGGAAGCGCUUGAAAACCUGGAUCUCAUUUUCUUGUGCAUGGAUGAAAUCGUUGAUGGAGGUAUAAUUCUUGAAACUGAUGCGAACGUUAUCGCGGGAAAAGUUGCGAGUAACAGUGUGGAUUCUGGAGCACCUUUAUCUGAGCAGACAAUAAGUCAAGCAUUGGCAACUGCUCGUGAACAUCUUACAAGAUCCCUUUUGAAGUGA